AGAUUUCGUUUCGAGAAAUUCUGUUCUUAGAUCAUUCCGUUAAGAGUUCCGUGUUUCUCGUUGGAAAUGAGAUCUUGUUCAGGAUCCUUUGCCUUUUCAUACUUUGGAUCCUUGAUCAGCGAUCUGUAAAUGAAAAGGAUGCUACCACCAGCUGUUUUCGGGUCUGGGGUUAUCAAUCUAUUGCUAGAUUUGUUUUUAAAUCGUCACAGCUUGAAUUUGAAUUUGGAGUGCAGCAGCAGCAGCAGCCAGAUUUAAAGGUUUUCUGUUUUAGUUUAACAGUAGCAAUUAAACAAAUGGAGAAAUCCUGUGAAUUCUGUGCACAAUCAAGACCAGUUGUUUACUGUAAGGCGGAUGCAGCACAUCUUUGCCUUUCCUGUGAUGCACGGGCUCAUUCAGCAAAUGCUUUAUCCCGACGACACUAUCGAGCCCUUUUCUGUGAAGAUUGCAGAAACCAGCCAGCUUCUGUUCGGUGCUUGGAUCAUCAAAUGUUUAUGUGUCAUGGUUGUGAUGAAAACCUGCAUGAAUCCUCUGCUCAGCAUAAAAAACUAGUGGUGAGUAGUUACAUGGGUUGCCCUUCUGCUAGGGACUUUUCUGUUUUAUGGGGAUAUGACUUGAAUAAACUACGGGCUAAUCGUUCUCAGAAUAUGGCUAUGUCUGCUUCAUCUGGUUCUUUGGCUCCAAGUGCAAAUUUUAUUGGUUCAAAGUCAUGGAUUGAAGGAUCUUCUUUAACAUCUGAAGCAAACUCCAUGAACUCUAUCUUUAGAGCAGAUGGUGAAGUGGGUUCAAGUAAUUUACGAAGCAAGAUGAUUUGUGUAAAUCAACUGCAGCCAGAUAGCGACUUGAUUCUGCAACAGAUUUUAGACCUGGAAAGGCUUCAAUUCAUUGGUGGAAAUGAUCAGUCAGCUUUGAUACAUAGUGCAGUGCAACCUGACAUAUAUUUGACUAAAGAUAAUAUAUAUAUGAAUCAAGAUAAUACUUCAGGGCAGCUCUCUGAAGAUCUUGAUCAGCACUGCCAACAUCCUCAGGGUCUUGGUGCUGAUAUUCAAAUGGAAAGAAUGCAUCAUGAGCUGGUGCAGCCUUUUCCUUUGCCCUUCUCUCAAAUGGGGCUUCUAAACCCUUCCUCAAAUUCUGGUAUUCCAUUGCAUGGUGACACCUAUUGGCAGUGCAAAAUUCCUGCUCAGACUAACCAGGUGUGGUCUCAAAAUAUGCAAGACCUUGGAAUUUGUGAAGAAAUUGACUGCAAUGAUGGUUUUAAUAUUCCUGAUGUUGAUCUCACAUUCCGAAACUAUGAAGAACUUUUUGGAGUUGAUCAAGAUCGAACUAGAUCAGCAUUUCCUGAGAAAGAUGUUGCCUGCUCCUUGACAAAGAAUGAUGUAUCCUUUGAAAGAACAGAACAGGGUUAUACAAGAGCAAUGGAGGAUAUCUCAGUUGCUCAAUCGAUUUGCUUUACUCAGUCAUCUCUUGAGGAGAAGAAAAUUGAUCCCUCUGAUCAAGCUCAUCACUUUGCUGGAAGUAUUGAUUAUGCUCAUACAAUCUGUCCAUCUUACUCAAGUUUGUCGUUCUCUCUUUCAAGGCCCAGCACCGAAAGCAGUGCCUCUGAUUAUCUUGAUAGUGGAAUUUCACCUAACAUUAUGAAAGGGGAACCACCAUGGAAUUCGCCAGAUCUGGAUAAUUCACACUCUGAAGCAAGAGAAAAUGCCAUGAUUAGGUACAAGGAGAAGAAGAAGGCUCGGAUGUAUGAGAAACGAAUUCGAUAUGCUUCUCGGAAAGCUAGAGCUGAUGUACGGAAGCGAAUAAAAGGCCGAUUUGUCAAGGCAGAGGGAUACAAGUCUGACUCUGCUGAUAUGUCAACGAGCUGUUAAGAGGUAUGCUCAUCUUUCUAUAUCAGUUAUUCUUUUCUUCAGCAUUGUGUAUGCAGAAGCCUUGCUAUUGCUCUAAAAUAAAGAAAAUCUGCAAUGCUAAAGGCUCGGUGUUCACUGUUAAUUAAAGGUAUGGAAAAUGAAUCCGAUUUGCUUCUAUGGAAGCUUGAAUUGAUGCAGAAGUGAGUGAGAAAGCCGAUUUGUCAAGGUAGAGGGUAUGCACCUGAUGCAACUGAUAUACAAGUCUGUUGAAAAGUGCUUCCUUUAUCAAUUUCAGUUGCUUCUGUAUAUGAUCAAUCUUAAGAAAAUCAAUAGCAGGUCUGCUGGUUCCAUCCUCUUAUAUGGCUCUAGUAUCAACCUUCUUUUUGUUUUUAUUUAUUUAUUUAUUUAUGUAUGUGUAGCCAUGAUAUGGUUGUAACACAGCCCACAGCUGCAAAGCUGAAGGCUUGGUAUUCAUAAAAGCUCUAAA